AUGGCUUCGGCUGUCAGUCCUGUCCCCCAGCCCAAGCCUGGAGACCUGAUUGAGAUUUUCCGACUUGGCUAUGAGCACUGGGCCCUCUAUGUGGGCGAUGGUUAUGUGAUCCACCUGGCUCCCCCAGAUGAGUACCCUGGGGCUGGCUCCUCCAGCAUCUUCUCCGUGCUGAGCAGCAGAGGGAUGGUGAAAAGGGAGCUCCUGAGGGAUGUGGUGGGGGGCUGCCGCUAUCGGGUCAACAACCACUUGGACCACGAGCACUCACCACUGCCCGUGAACAAGAUUAUCAGGUCUGCGGAGGAGAUGGUUGGUAAGGAGUUGGCGUACAGUGUUCUCAACAGGAACUGUGAGCACUUUGUCACCGAUCUGAGAUACGGCAAGGCCCGCAGCCGGCAGGCUGAAAAGUUCAAGACCACAGCAACGGUGGGCGGCCUUGGAGCCUUAGCUGCGAUCGCUGUCAGCUUUGCUGUUGCGAACAAGCGAUCCCAACGCCAGUGACAGCCUGAAGGGGCACAAAACCCCGCGUUAGAAGCCGCUGUAGAGACGACCUCGCACAGUCCCGUCACCCUGACCCGAGCUCUCAGGCAACCUGUCGUUCUGUCUGUCACUGUCCCUCCCCCCCUGGCUGAAGGAUGGACUGACUGUGCCAAGACUGAAGAAUUCAAACGUGAACCUAUGUGCCCUCCAGGGAGGAAUUCCGCAGCUUCUGUGGCGCCUAAACCAGAACGGAAGCACCGGGCACCUGAGGGGGAAGCCAGUGGUUUCUGUCCGUGUGACCUUGGGAAAGCUCUGGACUCUCAGAGCCUCAGUCCCUUCCCCUCUGAGCU